UUAUGCUUUGUAAAGAAACCCUAUUUCAGACUCUUGUUCCCUCCAUCACUUACAUACCCUGACUUGCACCACUCUGUUUCCCGUUCCUCUGCCGUCAGAGCCACUUCACGCUUUCAAGGUUCACACAUGGCUUCCACCGCACCACAUGACCAACCGCAAUGGGAAUUCUCAUGUGACAUGGAAAUGGAUUUUGGAUCUGAAGAGAACGCUUCCAUUGUGUAUGCUACCUUAGCAGUUGAUAAAGAGUUGCAACCUGAUAAAGUAAAACGAGGCAUGUCAGUGUCAGAUGGAAAGCUGUCAGUGCACUUUGAGGCAACAGAAGCCAGAUUUCUGCGGGCAUCAUUUAGUGCUUUUGUAGAUGUCCUGACGCUAGCCACAAAAACUAUUGAACAAUUUGGCCAAGAAAUGAAGUUGUGACAUCUCAUUAUCUAUUGAAUAUUUGGUUGUUGAAGUGUACUAUUAACUUCUACCGUCUAAAUGUAACUGUAUUUGUUUCUUUCAAGUUGGAAAAGUGUUCACAUUCAGUUUUGAAUUUUUAUAGAUGAUGUUUAAAGUGUUUAGUACAUAAUAUGCUCGGUAACUCCAGUAAUGUACUUGUAUUUACUUUCAAUUCCUGGACGAUAGUUGGUGGCACAGGUGAAAAUUGUUUCCUGAAA